UUUGUAUUUAUUUAAACUAUUUUAAUGCAACUUGUAUCUUUUCAUAAGUUUUAAAUGAUGUUGCUAUAAUUAUAAGUGCAAUAUUCCACUUUGUUCGAGUUAUGAAAAUAAAUAUCAUGCGUUUUGUAUUUCUGGCUGUCGAUCAUUUUUAGAGUUUUGUUUACAUUUUACAUUGCAAGUUUCAAUUAGGUAAGUACAACAAUUAUGUUUAGGUUGUUGCUUAUUUGUAUGCUGAAUAUUGCGUGUGUUUACAAUGAAAAUACUAAAUGCGGAUGUAAUGUCGACCGGGCGCAAGGCAUUCAUAGUAAAUACCUAGAGAAUACGAAGCAAUCGGAAGCCGAUGCUUGUCCAUCUGAAAAUCACUCUAAUGUAGAAGAAGACGCAUCGAGUGAUAUGGUGGUUGUUCCUGCGGGUGAAUACCAACUCGGAACUGAUGACGUCAUGAUCCAAGCUGAUAAUGAGGGACCUCAAAGAAUAAUUAAAUUAGAAACAUUCCUAAUGGAUAAAUAUGAAGUCUCAAAUAAGGACUUCAUGCAAUUUGUGUCAUCUACAAAUUAUAAGACUGAAGCGGAAACUUUUGGGGACAGUUUUGUUUUUACAUUGUUUUUGAACGCUACAUUCAGAGAAAAAUUACAAGACUUCAGGGUGGCUCAAGCUCCGUGGUGGUAUAAAGUUGAUGGAGCCAAUUGGAAGCAUCCUUAUGGCCCUGAUUCAAAUAUUCAAGACUCAAUGGACCAUCCUGUGAUCCAUGUGUCCUGGAGAGAUGCUCAAGCGUACUGCAAGUGGAGAGGGGCUCGCCUGCCAACUGAAGGGGAGUGGGAGGCAGCCUGCCGCGGCGGGAAGCGCCAGACUAAGUACCCCUGGGGAGACAAGCUGUUCCCUGAUAGAACACAUAUGGCAAACAUAUGGCAAGGAACCUUUCCCAAUCACAACUCUGCAAAGGAUGGUUACAUUGGCACCAAUCCUGUGAACCUGUUUGAGCAAAAUGGUUUUGGUCUUCAUAAUAUGGCUGGGAAUGUGUGGGAGUGGACUGGAGACUCCUGGUCUAAAGAUGCUCCAAAAGAAAAGGUGAAAAAAGGUGGUUCAUACUUAUGCCAUCGCUCAUACUGCUACCGCUACAGAUGCUCUGCACGAUCUCACAACACUGAAGACAGCUCGGCGGGAAAUUUGGGAUUCCGGUGUGCAAAGUCCGCUUAACCCUUCAACUGCUAAAAACAGUAGGGCUACCGCCAAUACCGAAAAUCGUCAAUUACGGGGAUUUUUCUCUGAGACUAAUUUACGCCUUCAUUGGAGUAAAAGAGAAAGAUGCCCACAAUUUGCGAAUUUCGGUUUUCGCGGCAACCGCUCAGCCACAGAUGCGCACGGUUAGUCUUAUUAAUUAUUAACCUUCGUGCAUUCCAUUAAACAUUACAAAGGCGCAUUAUAAUACGGUGAAUUUUUUAAAUGUUGAAAAUGUUUGUAUUUUGGAAACCGAAUGUUAGUAUCUCCAUACAAAAAUAUGGGAAGUUUCAGAAUUUUCCAUUGCAUAAGUUUCGCAACUUUGUCACAAAUUUGCGUGGACUCGUAUUUUGAUAUUAUAUUCGUUCCAAUACAUUAUUACUUAAACGUAAAAAAAUUGUAUACUACCUACAAAGUCUUCCAAGUAUUUUGUCGAUGAAAUUAUUAUACCUAUUACGUAAAUGAAUAAACAAUAAAUUAAUAAUAUAUACUUAAUUGAAAAAAUUAAUUAGAUACAUCCAGUAGGUUUAAUUCCACCAAAGAAAAUAGAGUGUAUAGAGAGUUACUGUCAUGGUAAAUUAUGCCUACAUUUACUGCCAUCUUUCGACAAAAGAUUAAAACUAGAACGCCAUUGGACUUUAAUCCUUAUUCUUUCAUUAAUAAGUGUUAAUUUGUGAAAAAUUUAUGCCGUCGACUCAACAGUAGGCCAAAGGUAUGGUGCAAUCUUUUCGAGCGAUGGCGCCAUAAUUUUUGGCCUAGGCCAUGAAUCUAGUAUUAAACUGGAUUGGGCAUGAGUGGUGGGGAUAACUGACAGAACGGGAUAGUCUUAUGUAUCUUUCAGUAGGAGUAGCAGCGAAAGCACUAUUAUUGUUUGUCCUUGUCACAGUCUCACAUUUUAUUUGUUCCCCACCUUUUUUUUUGUAUUGAUAAUGGUGGGCAACAAAUGAAUUCGACCAAUCACAGUGUCGCAUUUGCGUAUGUUUUGUCCCUCACGGAGGCACGCGUAUACCACUUCUAUAGGAUGCUACUUCUAUGGCCUAGGCACACUGGUUCAUAUUUACCAUGAGACACUGUCAUGAUGACAGUAACUCUAUUCUCUUUGCCUCCACUAUACGUAGAAAUACCUACCCAAUUUAUUAAUAAACGAAUACUAUGUUUACUAUACAUUUAGGUACCUAGCAACAAUAUCUUACUGAUUGCCAAGGUUUGUGGUUAUUUUGAUAUUUUAAAAUAUUAUUAGUAGGCGUACUUUUAUGCCCGAAUAAAAUGUUUACUUUGA